ACCAUAAUCUCCAGUGCAACUACUGUACUGUACCCUUUGUUCUGCUGAUUUCAACGGUUUGCAGGCUGAAAGGACGAGAUAGUUCAAUUGGAACAAGCUAGAUCUUCUGAAGUCUUAUUUUAUCCUUCGUCGUCAUGCAACUGAUAGAUCCGAACACACUUCCCUUGGAAGCAUGAAAAGACUACCUGUUUCUCGACUUCUUUCUUCACCUACUUUCUUGUUAUACCUUCGGGUACUCAUUCUCUCGCUCGGGUGUCAGUCCGCUUUGUGACUCACCGCCAGUCAUUCCUUUUGCUCUAUGCUAUUCAGGUUUCGCUAUGUUCACAUUGUAUAACACUGUUCUUCUCCUGGCGCUCCCACUCUGCGCGUUUUCUGUACCGAUUCUCCCACUUCGUUCUAAUGCUACUGAGGCUGCAUCAUCGGUCACUCUCAAUUCAACAUCAAGCUCGUCUUCUUCAACUGCGAACCUUGCUGCAACUAACAUUUCUCAAUCGGCUUCUUUCCUCACAUUUUCAGUGUCAGCGUCAGCGGCGCCAACGUUGAUCCCGGACUCACAAUCUGCGCAGAGCUCAGGCAUAGAGGAUGCAACCUCUGAACCAACUACCAUCCCCGGUGCCACUGGAGAUUCCGAGACAGCCGAUGCUGCCACUUUGCAAUCCACUAGCGUGGCAGCUUAUACUCUGGCAGAAAAACCUUCCAGUACUUCCCAGUCGUUCUCUACAUCCUUUACAGAUGAAUUGACGACGUUGUCAUCGUUCGGCAUCGGGGCAACGCCACAAUUAGUUUCCUUCUCGGGCAGCUUCACAGUGCCGACUCUGCCGAGCACGGUAUCACUGAGCCAGAUCUCGUCUACCAACUCUGAGAUGGGCUCUCCUGGGCAGAGCGCCACUUCAACCUCCUUCACUUUCGGCGUUUCUCCGAGAUCUUCCAGCCUCUUUUCUUCAAAGACUCCAUCGACGGACAGUACUUCUCAGACCACUUUAUCACCAGGUUUCACCUCUUCUUUCACUGCCUCCACGGAUAUAUCUCCAAUCCCCUCCUCGUCUAUAGGCUCAUCCUCCCAGGGCUUGGCUUUGACAACUUUUGAGCCGACCUCUACACCGAGCUUGGUAACUUCGUCCGUUUCAUCAGCUGAACCAUCAUCCACUUUCAGCUUGAGUUCGGUUUUCGAACCAACUAUUUCUUCCUCGAGCCCGUUCUCAGGCUCGUUCACCAUCUCCGCCACAGCCUUACCAUCCGUAAGUGCACCCCUAUCAGGAUCAUCCACCUUGACAAGUUUCGGUGAUGCAUCCUCAUCUUCAUCCGGUGCACCUCUGCCUCUGUCGACCCCAUCUAUGAGCACAACUAAGAUUCCUGUUGAAGCUACGACUUCCGUGGAUAGCUUCAGCACCACCCAAUCCUCAAGUGUAACCGAACUUCCCGCCGAAACAACCUCCUCGCCUGACAGCACAGCCAUUGCGACUAGCACUCAAGAGCCUUCUGGAUUAAGUAGUUUUAUCACUCCAUCAACUGGAGAUUCCACCAUCAUCAGCGCGAGUCCUACAACGAUCAGCAUGUCAUCUAUAUCAGCAAGUUCCAGUCCUUCCAUCUCAUCCAGGAUAUCCGGCGUCAAACCAUCGCAUACGGGAUAUCCUCAUGUCCCCGUUCCCAUACCCACUACAGGUCCAACGGAGAUCUCUGCAUAUCUUAGCGGUCACAACAGCGUUCGUGCCGAACAUGGCGCCGAUCCUCUCAAUUGGUCUGAAGACCUCGCUGCGAAGGCGAGGUCUUGGGCAGAGGGAUGUCAGUUCAGACACACGGAUGGCGCAUUGGGACCCCUUGGUGAUAACCUCACCGCGGGCACGGGGGACUUCACAGCAGCAAAGGCUGUGGCUAAAUUUACCGAUGAAGCCUAUGAUCCCAAACAUCCCAGUUUCAAUCAUCUGACGCAAGUGAUAUGGAAGUCUACUACUGAAUUGGGCUGCGGUGUUGCGCUCUGUGAUAAUAUCUUCCGGAAGAUACCAGGGCCUGCGAUGUAUCAUGUAUGCCUGUAUAACCCAGUCGGCAACGUCGUGGGGCAGGAAAGCGUCAAUGUUCAAGCAUAGUUGUGCAGGACACUUGUUCCAACACGGACCUGGAAACAUCACAACUCAAAAAAACAACAUAGUCUUUACGUGAUAAGUUAUUGUGUAUGCCGGGACCUCAUGCCUUUGGAUACCUCCUGUUAAUCAAAUCUGGGAGGUAUGCGUACUCCAGGAGGGUUCGUUACUGAACAACGUAGAUCGUGUGUAUUUUUGUUGUGCUAGAGUUUUCGAUUUCUGCUAUUACUGGGAGGCAGAGUAGGUAGACCUUCAAAAUAGUCGAAAUAUUCAGCCUCCUUUUCAGUAUGACAUUAUAAAGCCUCGUUGUGCAUAC